AUGGAAAGCUACAGAAGAGGGUCAAAGAUUGGUUUGAGAGGCAUAUCUCAGCAUAUAAAUAGACUGGAUCAUCGCUUCGUCUCUUCGGUUCUUGAGCUGAACGUUGACAUCGAUGCCAAGAUUACUUUUUUCAGCUGGGCUGGUCGCAGAACCUAUUACCAACAUAGCUACGCCAACAACAUGGCCUUUAUGCAUUGCCUUGAAGAGGCUAGGCUUGAUACAAGGAGGCCUUCAGCAUUGGUAUACCCGGACCUGUUGGGCUUAUACUUGAAGUUUGGUGAGGUUGAGAAAGCUUUGCAUCUUCUGGAGGAGAUGGAACAAAUAACGCCAACUUUUUAUUCUUGCUUCACGGAACUGAUCAAGGAGUUUGUCAGAGUGGGGAAGGUGGAUUUAGCAUACGGUUUACAUCUCAACGUUCGUGAGGGUGGGGCGUGGAAUCAUGAUAUCGUCUUCUUGAAGAAGCUGAUUAGCAUUUUAAGCAAGAUAGGUAGAGUGGAGGCGUUAACAAAGGUCGUGGGUGUGUGGAGAUUCACAGAAAAAGUUAUUGCGUACAGUUCUUUGAUUAAUACUCUGUUUGAGUCCAAAGCACCUGAUUCAGAAGUGAGCUAUUUGUUUGAUGAGAUGAAGGCAGACGGUGUUUCCCCUGUUGGAUUAACUUACGCAAUCCUUAUAAAUGGCUAUUGUGGAAGAAACAGUGUGGAGAAGGCUCUGUUGCUUCUUGAGGAGAUGGAUGAGGAAGACCUUUCAGCUUUUCCUGCAGUGUACCGCAGAUUCGUAAAGUCGAGAAGAUACGAGGCAGGGAAUGAGCUAUCUAAGGAAGAAGAAGAGAAAUUCCGAAUCGUGAGUUGUCGAGUUUAUGCGGCCAUGAUCAAACAUUACGGGAAGCGUGGAAAGCUCAUGGAUCUCUUUAAUGAGAUGAUGAAGGAGGACCAAGAAGGAAGCGGUCCUGAUGUCUACGCUUACAAUGCGCUUAUGUCAGGGAUGGUGAAGGCUGGUAUGAUAGAUGAAGCUAGUUCUUUGCUUAGAAAGAUGGAAGAAAAGGGCUGCGUCGCGGAUGUGAACUCGUAUAAUAUCAUCUUGAAUGGGUUUGCUAGAACAGGUGUGACGAAGCGAGCUAUAUAA